UUAGGUAACCGCUUUGGUUGCCAUGGCAGCUUUUGUUUUGGUCCCAAACAAAACAUAAAUAAAAUGGAAAAAGUGCCGACUAUGCAACUGCAUUAAAUAAAUUAAGAAAAAACAAUGCGUGGCGUGCUCAAAUGGUUGGAACGCAUCGAAUUUCCGAAUGCUAAAGACGAGAAAACAAGCGUCCACUCUGUCUGCUAUGCACCCGAUGGCAGCCAAUUGGUGGUGGCAGCAGGUGAUCGCCUGCUCAUCUACAACCCCAACGAUGGCUCAUUGCUAAACACCUUAAAAGCCCACAAAGAUACUGUCAAUGCAGUAGUUUACUCCCGGGAUGGCAAACGCUUUGCCAGUGGGGCAGCGGAUAAGAUUGUCAUUGUGUGGUCACCACAGCUGGAGGGGCUGCUCAAGUAUUCUCACAGCGACUCCAUACAAUGCAUGUGCUUUAAUCCCAUCUCACAUCAUUUGGCCUCAUGUUCCAUAUCGGAUUUUGCCUUCUGGUCCGCAGAUCAAAAGGCGGUGCAAAAGUACAAGAUUGGGUCACGUGUCAAUGGCUGCGCUUGGACCAAUGAUGGACAAUACUUGAUACUUGGCCUGGCCAACGGCUCCAUAUCCAUACGCAACAAACUAGGUGAGGAGAAGGGACGUAUUGAUCGACCAGGCGGCUCGUCAAGCUCCGUGUUUAGCGUGCAGUGUUGUCCCGCCAAUGGAGCCGGUAGCGUGGACACAAUUGCCAUUGCGGAUUGGGGUCAAACGCUCUCGUUUCACACGCUCAGCGGCCAAAUGAUUGGCAAAGAACGUGCACUCUCCUUUGAUCCGCUCUGCAUGCAAUACUUUCCAAAUGGUGAAUUUUGUGUGGUCGGCGGCUGCACUGGAAAUUUGCACUUCUUCACACGAGAUGGAGUACGCUUGGGCACGCUGGGCGAUGGUUUUGACUCGUGGAUCUGGACGGUGGCCAUACAUCCCAAUGGACAAUCCUAUACCAUAGGAUGUGAGGAUGGCACGCUGGCCAGCUUUAACAUUGCGUCCAGCACUGUGCAUGCUUUAUAUCGCGAACGUUACGCUUUUCGUGAGAACAUGUGCGAUGUGAUCAUACAGCACUUGAUAUCCGGACAAAAGGUGCGAAUCAAGUGUCGCGAUCUGGUGCAAAAGAUUGCUAUCUAUAGGAAUCGUUUGGCCGUCCAGCUACCAGAACGUGUGGUGCUCUACGAGCUCAGCUCAACUGAGAACGAGCCCAUGCACUAUAAAGUGCGCGAGAAAAUACAACAAAAGUUCGAUUGCAGUCUGCUUGUGGUGUGCGGCAAGAAUAUUGUGUUGUGCCAAGAGAAGCGACUGCAGUGCCUGGACUUCGAUGGCGCGCUGCAACGGGAAUGGAUCAUGGACUCGUUCAUACGCUAUAUUAAGGUCACAGGCGGUCCGCCGGGACGUGAGGGGCUCAUGGUGGGCCUGAAGAAUGGUCAAGUGUUUCGCAUCUUUCUCAACAAUUCGCUGCCGUUGCUUGUCACUACAGCAGUGUCGGCGGUGCGUUGUCUGGACAUCAAUGCCAAUCGCAGUAAGAUUGCUGUUGUGGACGAUGCUGGUCGUUUGGUGGUCCGGGACUUGGUCAACGACACCAUACUUUAUCAGGAUGCGGGCGUCAAUAGUGUCACCUGGAACACACAUCUCGACACGAUGCUUUGCUAUACGCACAGCAGCGGCGGCUUGAGUGUGCGUGUUGGAAAUCUGCCGCCGAGGGCGCCACAGAACAUGCACGGCGUUGUGGUUGGACUGUGUGGCGCCACUGCCUUCUGUUUACGGGGCAACAUUAUGCACAACACGCCACUAGCGCUGGGCGCCACCAUGUGGCAGUUUAUCGAGUCAGGACUGUUUGAUGAGGCAUACCAGGUCGCCUGUCUGGGAGUCACUAUCAGCGACUGGGAGGGUUUGGCACAGUCCGCCUUGGAGGCGCUGCACAUCAACAUUGCACGCGAUGCGUAUGUCAAGGUGCGCAAUCUGCCCUGGCUGCAGGUCAUCAGUGAGCUGCGGGAGCAGCAGCAACGCGCCAGCGUGCCCAAAGAAGUGUUGCUGGGCGAGAGCAGCGCCUUUGCUGGCAAGUUCAAGGAGGCAGCGCGUCUCUUUCUCAAGUGCGGACAAUCAACGCGUGCGCUGGAAAUGUACACGGAUCUGCGCAUGUUUGAUUUGGCUCAGGAGUAUCUCAAGGAUGGCAGCGAACCGGAGAAACGUGAACUGGUGCGCAAGCGUGCCGAAUGGGCGUAUUCGGUAAAAGAGCCGAGAGCGGCAGCCGAGUUGCUGCUCUCUGCCGGCGAGCAUCAGAAAGCUAUUGACAUUGUGUCCGAGCAGGGCUGGGCGGAUGUUCUUUAUGACAUUGGUCGUCGUUUGAGUUUAAGUGAACGUGAUGCUUUGCAAUCGGUAGCGCAGAAUCUGAAGACUCUGAAGGCUUUGCCGCUGGCUGCUGAGAUGUUUAAGAAGCUGGGCGACGAGGCGCAAGUGGUGCAGCUGCAUGUCGAGGUGCAGGAUUGGCCAGAGGCGUUUCGUCUAGCCGAAGCACUACCGGAGUUGCUCCCCACGGUACAUUUCCAGCAUGCGCAGUGGCUGGCCGAAACGGAUCAGUUCAUUGAUGCGCAUCAGGCUUAUUUAAAAGCCGGACGCACCAAGGAUGCCAAUCGUCUGUUAAAGCAGCUGAGCAAUACGGCAAUUGUUGAGGAACGCUAUCUGGAUGCCAGCUACUUUUACUGGCUGCUUGCGAAGCAAUAUUUGGACAUCUAUCAUGAGAAGCCUGAACAAAAUGCCAUUGAUCAUCACCUGAACGAGUACAAAAACCAUUUGCGAAUUGCCAAGGUCUAUUAUGCCUAUAGCGUCAUCUACAACUAUAUGAAGGAACCAUUUACCACUCAUUCACCCGUCAGUCUAUUUAAUGUAAGCCGUUUCAUUUUCAAUGAAGUGGAGAACAAAGGCGCCCCAAAGGGUGUCAGUAUGUUUUCAGUGCUCUUUACGCUCGCCAAACAGGCCAAGUUGCUGCAGGCCAAUAAACUGUGUCUGUUGGUCAAUAAGCGACUGCAGUCGCUGAAGCCUCCAGCGGGAGUUCAAGAGCAAAUCGAUCUCAAUUACCUGAAUAGCAAGGCCUGCAAGAGCGGCUUCAAUGAUCCCGAGGAGCUCCUGCCGCUUUGCUACAAAUGUUCAAACUACAGCCAACAUUUGAAUAACAACAAUUGUCCCACCUGUCGACAGGACUACAUAUUCUCAUUUGUUUCUUUUGAAAUAUUGCCUUUAGUACAAUUUUAUCCUGAAGUGGACAUAACAGACUCAGAAGCAGAGCGAUUGCUUUUGGCGCCUGCCAAGAAUCCCGAGGACGCAGAUCCCUUCAACGAGGAUGUGGCCAGUGCAUUGCCCUUAAGUUUGGAUCGCAAUGCGUUGCGUGCCAUUGAUCCGAACCAUGUGUUAAUACUCAAGCGACAGAAUAAACACAAACGCAACAUUUACUAUCGCAACAUUUUGCCCGAUCUGCAGAUCACCUACUGCUCCGAAUGUCUGCUGCUCUUUUAUGCUGAGGAUUUUGAGUUGCAGGUGCUGCAGAAGGGUUAUUGUCCCUUCUGUCGCACUUCAUCUGACAAGCUGCUGGAAGACUUUUAA